AUGGUGGGCACCAAGGGGAACAUGCAGCAAGCGUUGGAUACAGUCUGUAGAUCUGAAGUACUGCAAGCCAAGAACACCCUCAGCCAACCCAGCCAAAAAGUGGCCAUCAAGAAGCUUCAAGGGGGCCAUCUCACCUUCCAUGAGCCCAUCUGGACCAACCAGACCAGGCCGAAAACUGCGGAGCGCCUCAUGUCAUCAACCAUAGGCGCAGGUGAGGCGCAGUGCAACUUUCAUGUGACUCACCUACCCAGCGGAGAGUCUUGGGCCGUCCGACGUCGUUUGACCGAAUGGCUGCAUUUGGAAGAGCGGAUGUCGCUGGAAUCCGGCAAGCUUGUAGCCCGCCCGAUCGUGCACGCUGCAGGGCCGACGCUGCAGGGCCGCCGCAGCUCGGGCCUGGCGGCGCUGUUCGUGUCGCGAACAACGGAGACCCGGCGACAGAUGGAUCGCCUGCAGGCUCGGCUGUCAGAGAUGCUAUGUGACGAUUCCUUGAAGGCAAGCGCUGCUUUACAGGAUUUUCUGGGUCUCCAAGCUCCGGAGAUGCCCAGUAGCGUCCGCAUCGUCAAGUUGUUGGUCCCCUGGGAAGAUGAUGUGAAUGAAGUCGCGCCAGGCAUUGAAAGCGCUGAAGUUCAUGUGGAGGUCAGCACGCAUGGCAUGGACUCGGACGCAGCUUAUGCGAUGCCCACGCACGUUGUGGCAUCUGUGUUGUGCCUGCAGCCACCAGCAGGAGACAGCCAACUCAGGGAGAUCGUGGUGCCCGCCAACUCCCCAGCCACCUUGGUGAUUGAUGGGCUGCAACCAAGCAGCAUGUACGAGUUCCAGGUGCGAGCCACCAACUCCUUGGGCCAAUCACCGAGCGUUUGCAUCCGAGUCUUGGUGCCACCUCGACCGGAGCCGAAGGCUUCGAAGGACUCCAAGAUGGAUGAUUGGGAAGGUGCGUUGAGCUUACCAGAGACGCAUUCAGCACCCUUGGCUGUGCAACCUGCAGCGCAACCAGCGCUGGAGUGUUCUUCUGCCGACCAGAGAAUCAGCACUCAAGGUGUCGACGCCAGUGCUGUUGAUGCAGAUGUCACUGGCAACGGGGCAGCAGAAAGUUCUGCUUCAUCAAUGGUGCCGCCUGCAGAGGAUCAAAGUGCUUUGAGUUUGCCGGAGACGCAUUUGGCACCUUUGGCUGCGGAAGUUGCACCGGCACCAGCACUGGAGACAAGCACUGUCGCAGAGCCCCGUGUGGAUUCUGCUUUGGGUUCUGUAGUGGAUUCUUCUGCCGACCAGAGAGUCACUGAAGGUGUCGACGCCAGUGCUGUUGAUGCAGAUGUCACUGGCAACGGGGCAGCAGAAAGUUCUGCUUCAUCAAUGGUGCCGCCUGCAGAGGAUCAAAGUGCGUUGAGUUUGCCGGAGACGCAUUUGGCACCUUUGGCUGCGGAAUUAGCACCGGCACCAGCGCUGGAGACAAGCACUGUCGCAGAGCCCCGUGUGGAUUCUGCUUUGGGUUCUGUAGUGGAUUCUUCUGCCGACCAGAGAGUCACUGAAGGUGUCGACGCCAGUGCUGUUGAUGCAGAUGUCACUGGCAACGGGGCAGUAGAAAGUUCUGCUUCAUCAAUGGUGCCGCCUGCAGAGGAUCAAAGUGUGCGUUGA